AUGCUGCCCUACAUCAAUGUCCGUAUGUAGCUCCCCAAUUCCUGCGAUAUUCCACACAGACUAACCUACUCCCAGCGUUUGAAUAUGUCUCAAGCAUACUGGGGGCUUCUGUCGAUGAAGGUACGCCUCCCCCCCCCCAACACCGCUACUCAAUUACACUGGUUAAUUUUACCCUCAUUUCCAGUCAAACUCAUCGUCCUCUUCCUAAUAUCAUACCCGCUGGCUGGAGUCUUGAAGCGAUUACCCGACAGCAGGCCAGACGUCAAGAACAUCUUCAACAUCUCGUAGCUCCUCUCCCUCACCAGUCACCAUCAUCAUCACCUACUGAUCCUCGUCAGAGUAUGCAUCUUCUUCCUCGUCGGCCUCUUCGACCUCUGGUCCGGCCUCGCCGUCGUCUUGUUCGAUGCGAUCGGCACAUAUCUCAUCGCCGCAUACGUCCAAGGGCCGUACAUGCCAUGGAUCGGCUUCGUCUUCCUCAUGGGUCACAUGUCCAUCAGCCACAUCUACCGCAUGCUCGAAGACUCUCCCACCUCCGUCGACAUCACUGGCGCCCAGAUGGUGUUGGUCAUGAAGCUGACUGCUUUCUGCUGGAAUGUCUGGGACGGCAAGCAGCCUGCAUCGGAGCUCAACGAGGUUCAGAAGGAGCGUGCUGUCCGGAAGCUGCCUGACCUUCUGACUUACGCUGGCUUCGUGGCUUUCUUUCCAUCCGUCAUGGCGGGCCCUGCCUUCGACUACGUCGACUACGAACGCUGGAUCAACACCACCAUGUUCGAUCUGCCACCCGGUACCGAUCCGAUGAAGGCUCCUCCCAGGCGCGGAAAGCGCAAGAUCCCCCGAAGUGCCACGCCAGCCAUGUUGAAGAUGUUCACCGGCCUCCUGUGGAUUCUCGCCUUCUUGCAGUUCUCGGCGUACUUCAACCCAGAAGUCGUUCUGAGCGACGAAUAUGCCACUUACUCAUUCCCACGGCGCGUCUUCUACCUUCAUAUGAUGAACCUGGUCGUGCGCAUGAAGUACUACGGUGUCUGGACCUUGACCGAAGGUUCUUGUAUUCUCUCCGGACUCGGAUACAAGGGUAUUGACCCCAAGACUGGCAAAGCGGAUUGGGGUCGAUUGACAAACAUCAAGCCUGCUGGCGUCGAGCUGGCACAGAACAGUCAUGCUUAUCUGGGUAACUGGAACAUCAACACGAACCACUGGCUGAGGAAUUACAUGUAUCUGCGUGUGACACCGAAAGGGAAGAAGCCGGGCUUCCGCGCGAGUAUGGCCACUUUUGUGACUAGCGCCUUCUGGCACGGUUUUGCGCCUGGCUACUACAUGUCCUUCAUCCUGGCAUCUUUCAUUCAGAAUGUGGCAAAGAGUGAGCUUCCCACUACAGGAUCUCCUUUUCGCCUCAAUCGCUGACUCAACUUGCUUCUCAGACUCUCGCCGCCUCAUUCGCCCCUUCUUCCUGACACCAGACGGCACGAAACCAACCAAGCACAAAAUCUACUACGACGUCUUCACCUGGCUCGUAACCCAGCUCGCCUUCUCCUUCACCACCGCGCCCUUCAUCCUGCUCACCAUCCACGACAGCACCCUCGUCUGGGCGCGCAACUACUUCUACUGCCCCAUCGGCGUCCUCGCUCUGAACCUCUUCCUCCUCACCCCCGGCAAGACCUGGCUGCAGAGGAAAGUCAAAGCACGCAGCACGCGCCCGGAUCUCAAGAGGAACGAGAGCCAGGAGAGUCUGCAGGGUGCUACGCUGGGUGUCCCGACGGAUCCCGGGCGGGAAUUCGACGAGAUGGUGGAUGAGAUUGUGGAGGAGGUCAAGAGAAGGCGGAAAGAUGGGCAGGCCCCGGCUGGGGAGGAUCUGCGGAGGAAGGUGGAGGAGACUCUGAGGCAGAAGCUCGAUCUUGGUGGGAGGAAGGCGCAGUAA